AUGAACAAGAGUGAGUCUCUGUUACCGUAUUACACGUCCCAGAGUAGCUCUGGUGCGGGCAUGUUCAGUACCACCAUGGGGAAACUACAGCGACAGCUGUACAAGGGAGAAUAUGACAUCUUCAAGUACGCACCGAUAUUCGAGAGCGACUUUAUCCAGAUCACCAGAAGGGGAGAGGUGAUUGAUGUGCACAACCGAGCCGGCAUGGUGACCGUGGGCGUCGCCUCCACCAGCCCCAUCCUCCCGCUCCCAGACGUCAUGCUGCUGGCCCGACAGGCGACCAGAGGUGAAAAGCAUGCUGGGCGAGGCCAGGUCACCAAGAGAAAAAGCCGCAAGGCUGCAAAAACCUUAGAACUCACCAGGCUCCUUCCCUUGAAGUUUGUACGGAUCUCCAUUCACGACCGUGAGAAGCAACAGCUACGUCUGAAGUUUGCCACGGGCCGUUCCUGCUACUUACAGCUGUGUCCCUCUCUGGAUGCACAGGAAGACCUCUUUGCCUAUUGGGAAAAGGUCAUUUACCUCCUGCGACCACCACGGGACAUUAACAGUAGCACCCAUGCCACUCCUGCCGAGGACACGACAUGCCUGCCUGUGUUUGAGGAAGGUGACAGGAGUUGCCCAGCAGUGGUCACUUUCCAGGGGGAAGGGGAACAGGACCAGGUCAGCACCAAAAGCCUCCACAUUACCUUGGAGGUGGCUGGGGCCACUUCUGCAGCUUUUGCUGGCGGGGAGGAGACCAUAUAUGACUUCCACAAACCCACUGCCAUGCCCGAUGCAGCCACCCCACACACAAAACCUUCAGAGCUGGACCAAGUGUCAGCAGCAGGGCUGACAGCAGGCGCUUUGAGCAUGGCAGUAACCGAGUCUGCUGCCCCUGAACAGCUAAGCAUGGCCACAGCAAGGGCAGCUACCAAGGGUCCAGGAGGAAGUAAAACCAGCAGAGCCAUUGCGGGCGCCGCCAACAUGUCCUCGAAGAGCAUUAAAAUGGCCUUGGCAGGUGCUGCAAACAAGUCCUCAGAGUGUCCUUCCAGCACUAGCCUCUCUCCAGAAGCCAGCACGGUCGCUGCAAUUGCAAAAGCAGAACCUACCAGCAAGACUGUUGGAGAAACAGCUGAUGAUGCAGCCACAGGACCUCUCAUCUCAACCUUGCCCAGGAAAGGUCGCCUGAGUGAACAGGUUAGAAGGCGGCGGCGAGUGUCCCCAGGCAGGGCUGAAGCCCGCAAGAGCAGAAGGGAGAGGAGGGAGCGAAGGGAAAAGGAGAGAGCUCUCAGGGGUUCCCAUCGCCGCAGGACUACUGAAAGCCAACACAAGGCAGAGGGGGACAAGAUAUUCCAGAAACCAUUUGGCCGGUCCUUAGCCAGACAGAGAGAUGACAAAACGGAGAAAGGCCAGAGCAGCCCAGGGCGCGGCAGUCAUGGCCCCAUCACCAAGGAGUCAAGGACCUCUCACAAACUGGGGAGGAGCUCUACAACAAGUUCAUGUUCCACAACCAAGAAACUCAACAGGUUCAGCUUUUUCUUGAGGAACAUCAAAGCCAAUCUUACUACAAAGACAGUAGCCUCACCACACGGUAAGGAUGUGGACAUCUUGACUGAGACGUCAGAGAAGAACCGCGUGGAGGUCAUCAAAGAGACAGCACUGGGUGGCCAGGGGCUGAAAAUGGCUGAUAGUGUGACAUCUGAGACCACAGAGACGGUGACCUUUGAAGCCCAUGACUAG